UCCGAACUUGCACACGGUGGAAACACAGCAAAGAACUACACGGCCAACAGCAGCAGUAGGCGACGACGACCUUGACGAGAAAAUGUACCUGUACUUGGCUUGCUGUGAUCAGAGAAAAUUUUGCAAGAGCCAUUGUCGGAAAUUUCGCGCAAAUUUCGUCCGCAGUCCGCUGAAAUGUGGUGUUUUUCAAAAAGUUUUUCCGUUCUAAUGCAUCAGAUUCGUUAAACGAAACAAAAAAUCAUGCUCAUUAUUCAUACCAUUACUUGUGAUACUCGUAGUUGCUGGAUUAUGCACCGCUGUCUUGGAUGAUGAAAAAUUAUAUGCGUUGCUAGUUGUGCCAGAAAUGUCAUUAACCGUGUUCAUAAUGUAAAUAUUAUUUGUUGAAUCAUUCGUUAUUAGAGCAUUAAAAGUGGAAAAAGUUCACAAAAAAAUAGUGUGUGAUAGUGAAAAGAGAAAAUAAUAAGUGUUGAAAACGGUUUUGUACACGUCGACUGAGCUCUAUAUACCUACAUAUUACAAAAAAAAAAUAAGCAACAACAUAAAAGUUAAAAAGCAACAAACAGUGAAUUUUCUGAGCUAGUUUUGCUUGUAAAAUGAAAAAAUUCACUUUCAAAGGAGUUUUAGAUGGUUUUCGAAGUUCUACAGUGAAUCAGCCCUCUUCUCUUGGACCAACAAGGAUCUGCACGGAGCAAGAAAUACAAGAAACAUUACGACCAGAACAUUUUCAACUGCGCAAGACAUUUCGCCAUGGAUUUCCUUACUCUCCAACAGCGCUAGCUUACGACCCGGUACAGAAAUUACUAGCAAUAGGUGACAAAUCUGGAACAGUAAGAAUAUUAGGAAGAUUUGGUGUUGACGCUCACGUAAAACACGAAGGAGAAUCCGCAUGUGCUGUGAAUCUAAUCGAAUUUCUGGUGAACGAAGGUAGCCUUGUAACAGCUACUGCCGAUGACACUUUACAUUUAUGGAAUUUUCACACAAAAAUACCAAAAGUAGUACAAAGUCUGAAAUUUCAAAGGGAAAGGAUCACACAUUUGCACCUACCAGUAGGCACUAAAUGGUUGUACGUAGGAACAGAGAAAGGGAACACGCACAUAGUUCAUGCUGACUCUUUUUCCUUAAGCGGAUACAUCAUUAAUUGGAACAAAGCAAUUGAUCCAAUCAGAAAAACACAUCCUGGUGCUGUCGUUCACUUGUCUGAUAAUCCAUUAGAUCCUAAUAAGUUACUGAUAGGAUUUGAAACAGGUCAAUUAGUUCUGUGGGAUAUGAGAGGAAAAUGCGCAGAACUACGAUGGAUAUCACAGGAGCCUCUUUUAUCGUGUUCCUGGCAUCACGAAGGAAAACAUUUCAUCACAUCUCAUUCUGAUGGAUCUUUGUGUACGUGGCCUUUAAAACUUUCACCUAAACCUCUAGUGCAUGGUUUUCCACAUGCUAAGACAAAUAAAGAUGGAAAAAUAGAAGCAUGCAAUGCAAUUCAAAAAGUGGAAGUUAAAACAAAUAGACUUGGUGAACAAUUUACAAUAUUCUCUGGUGGCCUACCGACCGAAAAAUGUAGUAGUAAGUCUCAUUGCAUAACAGUAUUAGUUCAGGGCAAAUCAACCACAGUAUUAGAAAUGGAACAUCCGGUUAUUGACUUUAUCACGAUUUGUGAAAGUCCAUGGAGUAGUGAUUUACAGGAACCAUAUGCCGUUGCGGUCCUACUGCAAAAUGAUUUAGUAUUGAUAGAUUUGUUAACAACUGGUUAUCCAACGUUUGAAUCGCCUUAUUCUAUGGAUAUACACGAGUCGCCAGUUACUUGUUGUACAUAUUUAGCGGAUUGUCCAUCUGAUUUAGUUCCAGCCUUUUAUUCAGUAGGAAGAAGUGCAUCGAACCGUCGAUCAGGGUAUUCGGAAAGAGAGUGGCCCAUCAACGGAGGAGAAUGGCAACCAACGUCCUGUAGUUAUUCGGAAAUAGUGCUGACUGGCCACCAGGACGGGUCUAUCAAGUUUUGGGACUCAAGUGCUGGAACGUUACAAGUGCUUUAUAAAUUAAAAACGUCUAAAAUAUUCGAAAAAUCUAGAGUGAGAUCGAUGGACGUCAGCGACGACGAUCCGUUAUCCAUAUCGGCGAUAGCAUUAUGUGCCGAGUCGAGGAAACUGUGUAUAGCCACGAAUAGUGGGCACGUAGCGUUAUUUAAAUUUAAAAGAGCGGAAAGCACUGGAGAUAUUGCCGUGCUCGAAAUUCCUAUUUCUUAUGAAAACGCGGUGGAUAACGAUGGCAGUCCCGAGUGUGAAUUUAUUCCAAAGACACUGCCAAAGCAAACCGAUUCUGUAGAAUGCGAAAAGAAGUACAACGGAAUGCUGAAAGUGAAAAGUGGACCACAACGGAAACCACCCGGUUUCCAAGCUCAAUUAGUAUGCAUAACCCCCUGGACCCAUGGUACCCAUCCCGGUCAAAUUACUGCCCUAACCAUUAAUUCCAGUUAUGGAUUAAUGGCAUACGGAAAUGAAUAUGGCUUGGCUGUGGUAGAUAUUGUCCAGAAAAUAUGUUUACUCAAUCUCUCUACUCAAGAGAUAUACGGCUCGUUAGAUAUGUACAUAAAAACGCCACGAAGUCCCAAGCGGUUAGAAAGCGUCCAAUCGAAAGAAGACCAAUUGAGAUCCCCUAGCAUAGAUCAGCAUUCAAAUGACCCUGAACCGGAGUGCCACACUAGUCAAAGUAAGGAUGUACCUUCGACUGAAAGUGCAGUUGAAGUUGGAGAAGAGGCAAGCGAAUGUAAACCGAUCUCCAAAGAUGAUGAUUCCGUCAAUUCUCAACGCGCAGGCAGCCCAAGCCAAACGAUUCAGGAGAAGAGUGUCAACGUCUUAGAAGUCAAACACGUUAUAGAAGAAUCUCCUAUAGUAGAACCUCCUAUUCCACCAGUACGCACAAAGAAACUGGCUAGGGAGCAAUCAGAACGAAACACUAAAGUUAGAAGAAAGACACUCUUAGAAUCUUUCAGCAUCUCAGACUGGGUGCGAAAAUUUAACAAGUUGGACAAUUCUUUCUCUAGAUCGAGAUCGUCGUCCAUGUCAAGUUUAGAAAAUGCUAGUACAGAGGCUGUGACUUGUUUGGCAUUUGCCGAUAGUUAUAUUAAGAAAAGUGACCCAUCAUUAGCACUUCCUACGAUGUGGCUUGGUACUAGCUUAGGGGCUGUACUAACAGUGUCAUUGAAUAUACCGGACCAGGAAGCCAGGAAAUCAGAAGCUGUGCAAGCUGCUUUGGCAGGUCCAGUAUUUCGACUGAAAGGAUCCGUGUUGUCCAUGUCACUGUUGGACUGCAAUGGCGCACUGAUACCCUAUGCGUUCGAAUCUUGGAAAGAUGACGGCAGGGAAGGCAAAGAAAAACGUGAUAAAACCCCUACCAAACAAACCGCCAAUAAGAUGAGUCCCACAAACCCGGACAGUACGUUAUGUGACCGUCAAUUUAUAGUGAUCGCCAGUGAAAAACAGGCAGGCGUGUUUGCGCUUCCAAGUCAAAAUUGCGUUUACAAGAAAAAUAUCGUUGAAACUGACUUUGUGGUGAAAGCCGAAAUAAUAAGUAUGAAAGACAGUGUUUGUUUAAUUUGCUACGCAUCCAAUGGACACUUGAUUGUGUUUACUCUGCCAAGUUUAAAGCUAUUGCUUGAUAUAGAUUUCCUUCCACUAUCCGAGUUGAGUUUUCAAACCAAAUGUAAACAGGGAAUAAUCGAUCCUAUGCUGUCUAUCUGGGGACAGCAAUUGAUUGUCAAUGAAGACACCAAUCUCAUAUCGAAAACAUUCAGCUUUAGUAACAAGGGUCAUGGACUGUACUUGGUAACACCCACCGAAUUACAGAAGUUUACAGUCUGCCAGGAGUUUUGCAAUCAGUACAAUGAAAUGCUUGGAGAGUUGUAUGUGGCACAUGAAAUGCCGGAAGCACCGAAGGAAAGUUUCUUCAAAGGACUUUUUGGUGGCGGUAUGCGGAAUCUGGAUCGCGAAGAACUAUUUGGAGAGUCGAGUGGGAAGGCAAAUAAAUCCGUGGCUAAGCACAUACCGGGUCCAAAUGCAAACUUGCAGGACUUGGACCGUCGAGCAACUUCGGCGUCAUCCGAAGUCAGCAGAGCACAUCAGCUAAUGUUGGAGCGAGGUGACAAGCUGAGUCAACUAGAGGAAAGAACUGAACGUAUGGCUAGUGAAGCGCAACAGUUUUCCAGUUCGGCGCACUUAUUAAUGAACAAAUACAAAGACAAAAAGUGGUACCAACUGUAAUUAUUGUAAUACCUACUGCAAAGUCUUUGAAAGGUCUCUUCAGUCCUAUACAUGCGUCAGUAUAGCUUUAGUGAAAAUUGUUUCAAUGUUAUUACUGUUAUGUUAUUGAUCGAGAAAUGAAUAAACAAUAAUAGAUUGUAAAAAUCUUCCAUGGCAAUUUAAGGUAUUGCCACGAAUAUACUAUAAUUCACUAUUUUGCUAUUGGAAUGCUGUAAUGAAUCUAAUUUGUAAGUUUUUGCAUAACGGUGAAAUUCCAAUAUUGUAGAAUGAUCAUGCUGCUGCUAUUAUUACUAAACUGUUAAAAAUGAUCUUUUUUGGAUAAACAAAAAAGUUGAAAGAAUAGAUCCAAAUAAGUGUGACAUUAUUACAAUGACAGACGAUGUAAAUAAUCCAUUUUGAUGAUAAGUACUUGUAAAUAUGUUACAUACAUUAGGAAUAAAAAAUUAAGCAUUUGAAGAUUUUUAUAAA